UUUACCAAAGAAGAGCGAAUAUUUUAGCCAUCGAUAAUAAUUUUUUCCCCUUACAUUUUCGCUUACAUUUUAAUUUGAUAUCGACAGUAUUUGCACACAGUGACAACACCCGGGAAAGAUGAAUGAGGAUAAUCUAACCACUCUGAAAAUACUGAUAAUUGGAGAAAGCGGAGUGGGCAAAUCCAGUCUUCUUUUGAGAUUUACAGCUGAUCAAUUUAAUCCAGACAUAGGUGCAACCAUUGGUGUAGAUUUCAAGGUGAAAUCCCUCGCUGUGGAGGGAAACAAAGCAAAGCUAGCAAUCUGGGACACAGCAGGCCAGGAACGUUUUCGAACAUUAACACCAAGUUACUACAGAGGAGCUCAGGGUGUCAUACUGGUGUAUGACGUCACUAGGCGAGAGACAUUUGCUAAGCUGGAUCAUUGGUUGAAUGAACUGGAAACGUACUGUACGAGAAAUGACCUUGUCAAAAUGCUAGUAGGAAACAAAAUAGAUAAGGAAGACCGUGAACUACAGCGAGACGAGGGCCUGAAGUUUGCUAGAAAACAUUCCAUGCUUUUCAUAGAGGCCAGUGCUAAGACUAGGAAUGGUGUUCAGUGCGCAUUUGAGGAGCUGGUUGAGAAAAUCCUGCAGACUCCAGGCUUAUGGGAGAGUGUACACAAGACAAGAGGAGAUCAACUGACUGAACUAUCUCAAACUGGUUACGGAGGCUGUGGAGCAUAUUGCUCACUUGUCUAAAACACAAACCAAUAUUUAAAUAGUCUGGGUUAGAUUACUUUAGAAAUAUAUAGAGUAAAUACACAGGAUACAUACACUUUUUUUGGUUUAUGUGCUUGUGCAAGCACACAAGCAAAUUGUUCAUAAUAGCACAGCCAUUUGACAUGCUUCCUGGACAGUGGUGAUUGCUCAAAGCAUCGAUUAUUUAAAGGGGACUGCACAUACUACCCCCAUCAUUGGCUUUUGUUACAAAAAUCGCUGGAAAAAACAGAUAAGCCUUAGGAUGAACCUUUUCCAAUUGAUGGGGCAAAAAAAAGAUUAAGCUUGAUUACACCACUGUACCUCUGAUCAGUUUGCAUAUUUCUUGUGGUGUUUUACUUUGUUUUGUCCCAGUGCCUGUGUUUCUUAUUUAGGGAGAGGUAAACACUCAUCAGCCUUACUCAACCCUUUUAAACUGCUGGAAUGAGACUUCAGUACAACAGAUUUCCAUCAACAUGACCUCGCUUGAUGUCUGCAGCGUGUGGAACCGAGUUUAUCUUUAUCUGGCCAUCUUUCUAUCCCAAUUUCUCUUUCUGUCAGUCACUUAUGUUAACUCUCUCUCUCUCUUGCUACAUGUAAUUCAGUUCAUAUCCAAUUCAGUUCUAUCACUUUCCCUUUUACUGUCUCUAUGUUUUCACCCUCUCUCUCUUUACAGAAUAUAGGAGGAGAUAUUUAGGCUUUGGAUCUGUGCUUUACUGCUUUUAUUGACUUGUACCGCCCACUUAAAACAUGUUUUUUGCAGGGUUUAUCAAACAGAUAGAUUGGCACAACUUUCUAUUGUACAAAUACAAAGAGGGUGAAAAUUAGUAGAAUAGAAGGGAAUAGAUGCAGAAUGUCUCUUUCUUUCCUCUCUAACCGCCUUAAUUUGGAUGAGAACUUUAUGCAUGCUGCCUUAUGGACAGUAUAUCCGAAACACUUACUGUACAGACAUGUCUCUCUGUCUAAGAGAAAGUAAUUUUUUUUUUUUUAUGUUGAAAAAGUGAGUGAGACAUUAGGGCGUGGCUGUAGGCAUCUGUUUUUCACACUGAGAGAAAUGGAACAAAAGAACAAAUUUAGAAAUUCUCUAAUGUUUUUUUUUUUCCCUCAAUCAUAAAAAAAUUAUUUGACACUUGAAGGCAUAGUCAGCUCGAUCCAAAUCACAAAUUCCGUGGAACAAAAGUGAAGAAGAAUAUUGAACAAUGUUGGAGCUGCUCUUUGCAUACAAUAAAAGUGAGUAGUGAAUGAAGCCUAACAAUUCCUUGCUUGUUUCACGGGGAAAAAAAGAGUUUGGAAGGUUUGGAAUAGCAUGAGGGUAAAUACUGGACCAGUUUAUAGCAUAAGCUUGCUGCUGUAUGAGUCUUGGAGAGAGAGGGCUAUGAAGUCUCAAGAAGUCUGUUGUGUUUGUUUUAAGAACAAUCCAGGGGGUCCCAGAUGUCUAGUCUUAUAUUCAUUGCUUAAAAACUGGGUGGCAAAGUCCAGUUGCAGGCCAAACUCAGUUAUGGCAGUUUCAGUGUGGCGCAUGUGGAAGGAAACACUGGGUUUUUACUGUAUGUAGACACAGAGAAGUCCUGUUUUGAGGAUUUAUGUAUUCCUUUUUUUUACUUGUUUUGAAAAUGGAAAUUAAUUAAUAUUGAAGAUCAAAUAUUUGACUGUUGCCAGUUGCAUGCAAUGAUAUCUACUUGUGCAUUUUCUUUUCUCUUUUAGUAGUCUUGUGCUGCAGCAGUUCUUAGGGUAGUUGGAUGACAUUUUGUAUUUUUUGUAUUAUUUGACGAUUCAUUGCAUAUCAGAAUCUUACCAUGUGUUACAGUUAAUAUCCAUUGAUUCAAGAUAUUGUUUUAAGUUACUCUAUUUUAAAGAUUGCCUAUUUGUAUGUUAGUUAUUAUUAGGUACAUCAGGUUAUUCCAGUGACUCUGUAAAUCACAAGAAUGCAUUGCUUAUUGCACAUAAAUGACUGCAUGUA